GCAGUUCUGCAGCAGACAGCUCAGCGGUAUGACAACAGCAGUCAUGGCCGCAGCCGACGAUGACGAUUAUUUCGUCGACGAGGAAGAUGCCAUUAAAUUUAUCACAUUUCCCGAAGAAGUAGAAAAAGCCAUAGAACAGGUCUUACCAAGUACAGAUCCCUUAGAUCAGCCAGAUUUCAAUGAGAUAGAUUACAUAAAUUCUAUGUUUCCAACUGAGCAAUCACUUUCUAAUAUUGAUGAAGUAGUGAAUAACAUGCAAAUGAAAAUUCAGUCAAUCGAUGAUGAAAUACGCUCUGUUGUACGAGGUCAGAGUAAUGUUGGCCAGGAUGGACGGACAUCCUUGGAGGAAGCACAACGAGUCAUUAGGCAACUAUUUGUACACAUAAAAGAUAUAAAAUGGAAGGCUGAACAGUCUGAAGAGGUUGUCCGUGAAAUUACUCGUGACAUUAAACAGCUUGAUACUGCAAAACGAAAUCUCACAGCUGCCAUCACAACUUUAAACCAUUUACACAUGUUAACUGGUGGUGUUGACUCAUUGCAGGCUCUCACUGAAAAGCGUCAGUAUGGUGAAAUAGUUAUGCCCUUGCAAGGUAUCAUGAAUGUCAUGGAGCAUUUUAACAACUAUAUGGACAUUCCACAGAUUAGGGACCUAGCUGACCAGGUGAAGCAAAUUCAAGUGCAGUUGGCACAACAGAUUACAAAUGACUUCCAUGAUGCCUUCUCAGGCCCAAAUGCAAAGCACUCUGCACCCAGUAGACAACUGGCGGAUGCUUGCAGAAUUGUUUCAAUCCUGGAUCCUAAAGUAAAGCGAGAGCUGUUAAGAUGGUUUAUAAGCCUUCAAUUGAAUGAGUAUCAACAUUUGUUUCAAGAAAAUCAAGAUACAGCAUGGCUUGAUAAAAUUGACAAGCGUUAUGCCUGGUUGAAGCGCCAUCUUUUAGAGUUAGAAGAGCGUCUCGGCAGUAUGUUUCCUUCCAGCUGGGAGGUAUCAGAGAGAAUUACUGUUGAGUUCUGCAACAUUACAAAAGCUGAAUUAACAAAGUUAAUGGCUAAACGAACAUCUGAAUUGGAUGUAAAAUUAUUACUGUAUGCCAUUCAAAGAACUGCAAAUUUUGAAAGCCUUUUAGCCAGACGUUUCACUGGCACCACACUUCAAGAAAACAGUGAUACACCGCAGCAAGUCUCUAGUUUUCAGGCUUCCUUAAAUACAAAUCCUUUUGAGGAUGGUUCAGACUCAACAAAUCCAUUCGAAGCUGAUUCUGGUGAGGAAUCCAAGGAAGAACAGAAGCCUAAACCAUCACCUUUUCAGGGGUUGAUUGGGAGCUGUUUUGAUGCUUAUCUGUACAUUUACAUUGAGAGCUUGGAUAGAAACUUGGCAGACUUAAUGGAACGCUUUAUUCAGGACUUAAAAGCUUCUCAAACACUGCAACGUCCAUCAGCAUCUUCUAAUCUUCCAUCCUCUGGAGCUGAUUCUGAUACUACUGCGGGAGGUGCAGCUGUUCUUCCAUCAUGUGCUGACUUGUUUGUCUUUUACCGUAAAUGUUUAGUCCAAUGUACUCAGCUUAGUACUGGGCAACCUAUGCUUGGUCUUGCUCGAACGUUCCAAAAAUAUCUGCGGGAAUAUGCUUUGCGAGUACUUCAAAAUAGCUUGCCUAAGGUUGGAGGAACUGCAGCUUCAUUAGGUAGCAUUACCCGGGAUCUUUCCACAGUCAGUAUCAUACAGAAUCUUCAGACAUUUCAAAGUCUUUUAAAAGAAGGGGAUGUAACUAGAUACUCCCCUGAGGAACAAGCAAGAGUUUGUUGCAUCCUCACUACUGCCGAAUAUUGUUUGGAGACAACUCAGCAGCUUGAAGAAAAACUGAAGGAAAAAGUUGAUCCAGCAUUAGCUGACAAAAUUAAUCUAAGUCAAGAGCAAGACAUAUUCCACAAUGUCAUAUCCAAUUGUAUUCAACUCCUUGUACAAGAUUUGGAGCUCUCUUGUGAACCAGCCCUAACAGCCAUGAGCAAGAUUCAGUGGAGUAAUAUUGAAACUGUUGGUGAUCAAAGCAGUUAUGUCACUGCCAUUACUUCUCACCUCAAGCAGACAGUUCCAGUGGUGAGAAAUGAACUGGUAUCUUCUCGAAAAUACUUCACUCAGUUUUGUGUUAAAUUUGCCAAUUCUUUCAUACCAAAGUUUAUUCAACACCUGUACAAAUGCCGUCCACUCAGCACAGUAGGAGCAGAGCAAUUGCUUUUGGAUUCUCACAGCCUCAAAACUGUCCUUCUUGAUUUGCCAUCUAUUGGUUCUCAAGUUAACCGCAAGGCACCAGCAAGCUAUACUAAAGUAGUAGUAAAAGGGAUGACCAAAGCCGAAAUGGUUCUUAAAGUUGUUAUGUAUCAAACAAACCAAACUAAUCAACCAAUGUCUCACACUGAAAAUGUGCGAACAUUUGUGGAACAGUUUCGAAAACUUCUUCCAGAUUCAGAAUUGCAAGAUUUACAGAGGGUCCUAGAAAUGAAAGGCAUUCGUGGGAAGGAUCAAAGUCAUUAUGUUGACAUGUUCCGUAAUUUAUCUGCUGCAUCUAGUCGAAAUGUAAAUGCUACCAUUACAUAAUUGACUCAGGUUCCCAGAUAAUACAAAUCGAUGAAUUAAUGAAUAAAUUAAAAGAAAAUUUUAAAAGGAAAUAGAUUAAUUUGAUACACAAGUUAUAUAUUUAGAAAAUAUUUUGAACUAAUUUUAUUAUGUUGAAGUACUGAAAUCUCUUUGUGUUACAAUUUUACUGAGUGAUAAUUUUCUUACUGAUCACAAUGCACUUUUUGCAGUAUUAAACUACUGCAGUAUUUAAACUGGAGAAACAAAGGUAAGAUUUUGCACAUUUCUGUGGGUGUUAAAUUCCUUUGUAAAGGCAUGUAAACGCUUCAAAGGUGAAAGUCUUCAUUGACUUUGGGACUUAAAAUGUUUCUUAAAAGGCAUUUUAAUAUUAGUCAUUAGUACCUUCAAAGAGUGCAAAGCCUCCCAGCCAAAAAUGCUAUGUAUAUGGUCCACUUUCUGACCACUUAGACGUCUAAAUGGUCAAAAACUAGACCUUAAAUAUCUUUAAGGCUUUUUUAAGAGAUGGUAUUUCUGGAUGGGCUCUUACAUUUAGUUUACCAGUGUAUCACUCAGUAUUCUGUUUUAGUUAAUUCUUUCUUAAUGUUUUGCCUUUUUGUGUGGAAGGCUGUGAUAUAAUGAACUGUCUGAUAUCUCUUAUUCUGUAUUAAAUCAAUUUUAAAAAAAAUGGUGCUUUCCAGCUGUCAUUGAGGCUUUUAAAUAAAUUGUGUAUUUAUGACACACUUGAAGGGAAGCUAGUGUAACAUUCCAUUGCCAUGUGUUUCAUGUUCGCUCUCAUUGAAGCAGAGGCUCUUAAUUAUAAGUAAAUGUCAUGUUAUGAAUUGAUAACAGAAUGGAUCGGGCAAUUGUCCUCAACAAUUCUGUAAGUGUUUUCAAGAAGAUAAAAUUAUGGCUGUUGAGAGUUAAUAAUGUUAUGCAUUGUGAUCUUUCUGUUUCUGUGAAAACGUUUGUCUUAAAGAACUGUAAGAAUUUUUUGACAUCAACUUUAAUAUGAAAAAGGUACUAAAGCUUACAAAAUCUUAUAGCGAAAGCAAUGGAAGAAAGUAAACACAAUACAUAGCUUU